AUGAAUGGCCACACCUCUCCUCCUCUUGAUGUCCUGGCCACCAACGGCACUGAGCUGACCACCGUCCCCGAGACCAUGAAGGCCAUGCUGGGAACCAGCACCCCCUCCGGGCCCCAAUCCAAGAGCAUCGCUGGGGUAUACGUGGAGGCCUCCUGCCAGGCUCAGAGUCUCUACACCGCCAUGAAGCAGGGCCUCCUGUCCGGUGAGCUUGGGCUGGCUCUGCUGGAGGCCCAGGCCGCCACUGGGGGCCUUGUGGACCCCACGCAGGGCCACUUCCUCUCUGUGUCUGAGGCCGUGCGGCAGGGCCUGGUAGGCCUGGAGCUAAAGGAGAGGCUCCUGGCUGCUGAGCGGGCCAUCACUGGGUACCCCGAUCCCUACGGUGGCGGGAGGCUGGCACUCUUCCAGGCCAUCAGGAAGGAGGUGCUGGAGCGAGCACUGGGGUGCAGCUGGCUAGAGGCCCAGCUGGCCACUGGGGGCCUGGUGGAUCCCAUUCGGGGUGUGCGAGUGACCCCAGAGCUGGCCUGCCAGCAGGGCCUCCUGGACCAGGAGACGUGGCGUGGCCUGGCAGAGGGCAAGCCCAGCUCCGGUGCCCCUGGCUUCCUGAACCCCAACACGGGGGAGUGGCUGUCCUACCACAGGCUGCUGGGCAGGUGCGUGAGAGACCCUAGUACAGGGCUGGCUCUGCUGCCCCUCAAGACCACUUUCCAGACCCUGAGUGGGGCAGUGAGCUUGGCAGAGCUGCUGGAGGUGGGGGUCCUGGAUGGGGAGACCGUCCGGGGCCUUCAGGAGGGCAAGCUGGUGGCGUCAGAUGUAAGCAGAUGGGCGUCUGUGAAGCGCUACCUGCAGGGCACGGGCGGCGUGGCAGGGGUUGUCCUGCUGCCCGCGGGCCACAAGAAGAGCUUCUUCCAGGCCAUCACUGAGCACCUGCUCCCAAUGGGCACGGCACUCCCACUUCUGGAGGCUCAGGCUGCCACCUGCACGCUGGUGGACCCAGCCACUGGCCGGCGGCUAAGCGUGGAUGAGGCUGUUAGGUCAGGCCUGCUCGGCCCAGAGCUCCACAGGCAGCUGCUGGUGGCCGAGCAGGCGGUGACGGGGUACGAUGACCCCUUCAGCAGCGGGCGAGUCUCCCUCUUCCAGGCCAUGAAGAAGGAGCUGGUGGACAGGCCUCUGGCGCUGCGACUCCUGGAUGCCCAGCUGGCCACAGGUGGGCCAGUGUGUCCAGCCCGCAGGCUCCGGCUGCCCCUGGAGGCUGCCCUGCGCCUCGGAUGCCUGGACAAAGAGACGUGGCAGUGUGUCUCCCAGGCCACUGGCUUCUCGGACCCCAGCACACGGGGGAGCCUUGGCUAUGGGCAGCUGAUGGCCCGCUGUGUCACCGAUCCAGAGACAGGGCUGGCCUUCCUUCCUCUCUCAGACGGGGCCCUCGGAGGGGAGCCACAAGGACCCCCAUUCAUUGACCACAGUACCCGGCAGGCCUUAAGUGAGGCCACGGCCACCAUCUCCGUGGGCAAGUUCCAGGGCCGGCCUGCGUCACUCUGGGAGCUGCUCUUCUCCGAGCCCAUCUCCGCAGAGCAGAGGGCGGCACUGGCCCAGCAGCACCAGGAAGGCGCCAUCUCGUUGGAGGAACUGGCGGCGGUGCUGAGGGCCACCCUGGAGCAGGCUGCAGCCACGGCCAGGACCACCUUUGCUGGGCUCAGGGGGCCCGUGACGCCAGAUGAGCUGUUGAAAGCAGGGAUCAUUGACCAGGACGUGUACGAGCAGCUGAAGCGAGGACAAACCACAGCCCAGGAAGUGGGCAGGCUGGACUCGGUCCGGAGGUACCUGCAGGGCACUGGCUGCAUCGCGGGCGUGCUGCUGACCGGCUCCCAGGAGCGGCUCAGUAUCUACGAGGCUCGCGGGAAGGGGCUUCUCAGGCACGGCACAGCACUCAUCCUCCUGGAGGCCCAGGUGGCCACGGGCUUCAUCCUUAACCCAAAGGAAAACAAGACAUACUCUGUAGAGGAGGCACUGAGGGCCGGCCUCAUUGGGCCUGAUGUGUUUGCAAAGCUGCUGUCGGCCGAGCGCGCCGUCACCGGCUACACGGACCCCUACACCGGGCAGCAGAUCUCCCUCUUCCAGGCCAUGAAGAAGGAGCUCAUCGUCCGCGACCACGGCAUCCGCCUGCUGGAGGCCCAGAUCGCCACGGGCGGCAUCAUCGACCCCGUGCACAGCCACCGCGUGCCCGUGGACGUGGCCUACCAGCGCGGCUACUUCGAUGAGGAGAUGAACCGCGUCCUGGCGGACCCGAGCGACGACACCAAGGGCUUCUUCGACCCCAACACGCAUGAGAACCUCACGUACCUGCAGCUGCUGGAGCGCUGUGUGCUCGACCCCGAGACGGGGCUGCACCUGCUGCCCCUCGGCCGCUCGCAGCCCGAGCUGGUGGACGGCGCCACCCGACGGGCCUUCCAGAGCCUGCUGCUGUCUGUGAGGUAUGGGCGGUUCCGGGGACAGAGGGUUUCCGCAUGGGAGCUGAUCAACUCAGAGUGCUUCGGCGAGGACCAGCGGAGGCAGGUCCUGCGGGACUACCGACAGCACAGGGUGUCACUGGCACAGGUGGUCCAGCUGCUGGGGAGAGCAGUGGGGAGGUGGGUGGACAUCACGCUGCCCAUGCUCCGGGGCCGAGUCACAGCCUACCAGCUCUGGGAGGCCCAAAUCAUUGACCAAGAGCUGCUGGACCGGGUACUGGAGGGGGCAGUGAGCCCCGAGGCCCUCCUUCACAUGGACGGUGUCCAGCGGGCCCUGCGUGGCUCGGGUGCUGUGGGCGGCGUGCUGCUGCAGUCCUCCAGCCGGCGGCUCAGCCUCUACCAGGCCAUGAAGCAGAAGCUGCUGGGGCCAGGCGUGGCGCUAGCCCUGCUGGAGGCUCAGGCGGCCACUGGAGCCAUUGUUGACCCCCACGGUCUGGAGACCCUGUCCGUGGAUGAGGCCGUGCGCAGGAGGCUGGUGGGCCCAGAGCUGUACUGCAGGCUAAGGCAGGCAGAAGACGCUGUCAGCGGCUUCAGAGACCCCUUCUCUGGGGAGUGGGUAUCCCUGUUCCAGGCCAUGAAGAAGGGCCUUGUCCCUGUAGAUCAGGCUGCCCGCCUCCUGGAUGCCCAGGUGGCCACAGGAGGGGUCAUUGACCCCACAGGCCACCAUCGCCUCCCCAUGCCUGUGGCCACCCAGCGUGGCUACCUCGACCAGGAGAUGGCGAUGGCCUUGUCCAGCUCCUCCAAGACCUUCCCCACGCCAGAUGGCCGGGGACACACCAGCUAUGCCCAGCUCCUGGACCAGUGUGUGAGGGACGAGGCCUCUGGGCUUUACUUCCUGCCCCUGCCAGAAAAUGCUGCUGCUGUCCCCACUGAUGAGCAGGUCCAGGAGACCCUGCAGACCGUGCCGGGGGCUGAGGACGGCACGUCCCUCUGGGAGCUCCUGAGCUCUUGCUGCUUCACCGACGAGCAGCGGAAGAGCCUCUUGGAGGACUUUAGGGCAGGGAAGACCACGGCGCAGCAGCUUCAGGAAACGGUGCAGAAGCAGGUGCGUGAGGCAGAGCUCCUGGCACAGGCUCGUGUCAUGGUGCCCGGCCCAAGGGGGGAGAUUCCUGCUGUCUGGCUGCUGGACGCCAGCAUCAUCACCCAGGAGAACCUGGUGGCGCUGGCUGAGGGCACACAGUCACCUGCCGAGGUUGCUGAGCAGCCCGCCGUGAAGGCCUGCCUGUGGGGUACGGGCUGCAUAGCCGGUAUGCUGUUGCAGCCGUCGGGGGCCAAGGUCAGCAUCAGCCAGGCUGUGAGGGAUGGCCUCUUGCCCGAGGGCCUGGGGCGAAGGCUGCUGGAGGCCCAAGUGGCAUCCGGCUCCCUCAUUGACCCUCUGACCAACCGGAGGCUAUCUGUGGAAGGUGCCGUCAAGGCCGGCCUGGUGGCUGGGGCACUGCAUGAGCAGCUGCAACAAGCCGAGAGGGCCGUGACCUGGCACACUGACCCCUAUUCAGGAGGCGCUCUCUCACUGUGGCAGGCCAUGGAGAAGGGGCUAGUGCCCCAAAGUGAGGGCCUCCCCCUCCUACAGGUGCAGUUGGCCACAGGGGGUGCAGUGGACCCUGUCCACGGGGUGCACCUGCCCGAGGCGGCGGCCUGCAGGCUUGGCCUCCUGGACGAGCAGGUCAGCCGGGUGCUAACCUCAACAGCCGAGGACAGUAAGUUCUUCUUUGACCCCAGCUCACAGGACAAGGUGACGUACAACCAGCUCAAGGAGCGCUGUGUCCUGGACACUGACACCGGCCUGUGGCUGCUUCCGCUUGCCCAGGACAGGGUGCUUAAGGUGGACGAGCACACGCUGGUGGCCCUGAGGGCCAUGAAGGUGCCUGUCGGCACUGGGAGGUUCAAAGGUCUCAGUGUGUCGCUGUGGGACCUGCUCCACUCAGAGUACAUCGACAUCCACAAACGGUGGGAGCUGGUGGCGCUCUGCCAGUCCGGGAGGGCCACCGCCCUGCGGCAUGUGGCUGUGGCUGUCACUGCCCUGGUUGAGACCUCAGAGAGACAGCCCUCACAGGCCAGCUUUAGAGGACUCCGGAAGCUGGUGUCGGCCAGUGACUUGUUUAGGUCCCAGCUGAUUGACAAGGAGACGCUGGACGCGCUGAAUCAGGGCAGAAGGGCGGUGCAGGAGGUGACGGAGAGGAGCAGCAUCAGGUGGUACCUGGAGGGAGGCAACUUCAUUGCUGGGGUCCUCAUCCAGGGCACAAAGGAGAAGAUGAGCAUCUACCAGGCCAUGUGGAAGGGCGUCCUGCGGCCCGGCACGGCCCUGGUGCUGCUGGAGGCGCAGGCGGCCACCGGCUUCAUCAUCGACCCGGUGCGCAACCAGAGGCUGUCCGUGGAGGAGGCGGUGGCCGCGGGCGUGGUGGGCGGCGAGAUCCAGGAGAAGCUGCUGUCGGCCGAGCGCGCCGUCACCGGCUACACGGACCCCUACACCGGGCAGCAGAUCUCCCUCUUCCAGGCCAUGAAGAAGGAGCUCAUCGUCCGCGACCACGGCAUCCGCCUGCUGGAGGCCCAGAUCGCCACGGGCGGCAUCAUCGACCCCGUGCACAGCCACCGCGUGCCCGUGGACGUGGCCUACCAGCGCGGCUACUUCGACGAGGAGAUGAACCGCGUCCUGGCGGACCCGAGCGACGACACCAAGGGCUUCUUCGACCCCAACACGCACGAGAACCUCACGUACCUGCAGCUGCUGGAGCGCUGUGUGCUCGACCCCGAGACGGGGCUCUACCUAUUACAAAUUGUGAAGAAAGGAGAAACCUACAUUUAUAUUGAUGAAGCCUCAAAGCAGCUUCUGCAAUCCCAAACUAUGACCAUGCAUGUGGGGAGGUUCGCCAGUCAGAAGGUCUCCCUCUGGGACCUACUGUCAUCUCAGUACUUCACAGAAGAAAGGAAACGGGAGCUCAUCCACAAGUACAGAGCCCAGAAUAUGUCCCUAGAGCAGCUAUUGGGGGUCAUCACUGCUACGGUGGAAGAAAUAGAGGAGCAAUACCAGGACAUGAAGGUGGCAGCUAUCCGUGGAGAAGUGACAGCUGCAGAGUUGUUCAACUCUGGAGUCAUUGAUAAAAGGACCCUGGAUGCCCUGUCCCGGGAGAAAUCAGGGGGGCAGGAUCUCAGCAGGUUGGCGCACGUGAGGCCCUAUCUGGAAGGCAGUGGCUGCAUUGCGGGGGUGACUAUACCCUCUACCCAAGAGGUGAUGAGCUUCUACGAGGCCAGCAGGAAAGGACUCAUCCCCAUGGGGUUUGCGGCUCAGCUGCUGGAGGCCCAGGCAGCUACGGGAUUCAUGCUGGAUCCCUGCAGCCAGAAGAGGCUCUCUGUGCAGUAUGCCGUGGCUGAGGGCCUGGUGGGUGAAGAACUGAAGGCAAGGCUUCUGGAUGCUGAGAAGGCCGCCCUAGGCUACACAGACCCAGCCACGGGAGACACGAUCUCACUGUUCCAGGCCAUGCAGAGGAAGUUCGUCCAAAGAGAGGAAGCACUGAGACUGCUGGAGGUGCAGGUGGCCACGGGGGGCAUCAUCGACCCCCUGCACCACCACCGGCUCCCACUGGACAUGGCCUACAGACGGGGUUGUCUGCACGAGGACACAUACCCACUCGUUGCAGAUCAGAAGCACAUGAACAAAAGGUAUGUGGAUCCAAACACUCAGGAGAGGGUCACGUACCAACAGCUACAGGAGAGGAGCCAAAAAGAAGCAGGGACUGAUUGGGCUCUCUUCCUGGUAGUCAGGGACCACCAAACCUGUGCCUAUAUUGACAAGGCAACAAGGAGGGCCUUAGAAGCCGAGCAGGUGCAGAUCCAGGUGGGAAGGUACAAGGACAGGAAGCCAUCACUGUGGGAACUACUCGACUCUGAGUACGUGCCUCACGAGAUGAAACUCCAGUUAAUCACUGACUAUAAAAUAAACAUGACCCAGGCAUUGGAAAAGGUAGUAAACAUUAUUUUAGAACUAAUAGAUGAGAAAGAAAAAGGCAAGAAGCAACUAUGGUUCCCGGGUAUCCGAAAACAAAUCACGGCUUCGGAACUCAUCGAUGCAGAAAUCAUCAGCAAAGAGGUGAUGCAUGACCUGGAAAAGGGCACCAAGACCCUGCAGGAGGUGACGGAGAUGGACUCGGUCAAGCGCUACCUGCAGGGCACGAGCUGCAUCGCGGGCGUGCUGGUGCCCGCCAAGGACGAGCCCGGGCGGCAGGAGAAGAUGAGCAUCUACCAGGCCAUGUGGAAGGGCGUCCUGCGGCCCGGCACGGCCCUGGUGCUGCUGGAGGCGCAGGCGGCCACCGGCUUCGUCAUCGACCCCGUGCGCAACCAGAGGCUGUCCGUGGAGGAGGCGGUGGCCGUCAUCGUCCGCGACCACGGCAUCCGCCUGCUGGAGGCCCAGAUCGCCACGGGCGGCAUCAUCGACCCCGUGCACAGCCACCGCGUGCCCGUGGACGUGGCCUACCAGCGCGGCUACUUCGACGAGGAGAUGAACCGCGUCCUGGCGGACCCGAGCGACGACACCAAGGGCUUCUUCGACCCCAACACGCACGAGAACCUCACCUAUGCGGAGCUUCUCCAGAGAGCUACCGUCGAGCCAGGGACGGGCCUCUUAUUUCUUUCCGUUAUUUGA